UGCGAACUGAUAAACAGGGCGCCGCGAGCGCGCGCCCCACUCCCCCUCCGUGACGUAGCCGCUGUCUCCUGCGAGCGCUCGCGCCGCUCUCCUUCACUUACCGUCGAUACGCAGGCAUAGCGCUGCUUCGCAAACGCCUCCUGUAUGUAUAUAUAGGUAUACAUACAUACAUACAUAGACACACACAUUAAGUCUUUUGAGGGAACCAGACGCUACGCUUCCUAUUAUGUUAGCGCAAGUUGAGAAUGGCUUCGACAGGUUUUUGAGCGAGAAAAAUGUCGUGACCGAUUUGCUGGGACAAAUCGAGAGGAAAAGUGGAGUUGAGAAACGCUAUGUUGCCCUGGGUGCAGUGUGCAUUGCUGCACUGUAUUUACUCUUUGGAUAUGGAGCUGCCCUCCUGUGUAAUUUGAUCGGCUUUGCCUAUCCAGCUUAUGUCUCUAUAAAAGCCAUUGAGAGUUCAAACAAGGAGGAUGAUACUAAGUGGCUGACCUAUUGGGUGGUCUAUGGAAUCUUCAGUGUGGCAGAGUUUUUCUCAGACAUCUUCCUCUUCUGGUUUCCCUUCUACUAUGCUGGGAAGUGCAUCUUCUUGCUAUGGUGCAUGGCUCCAGUAUCCUGGAAUGGCUCUCAGGUCUUGUACACGUGUGUAGUGCGACCGUUCUUCCUUAAACAUGAAGCAGCGAUGGACAGAGUGAUCAACGACUUAAGUGACAAAGCCAGGAUGGCAGCGGAGUCUCUCAAUAAAGAAGCUGCCAAAGUACCUGCCUUUAAACAUGUGAAGACUCAGUGAGCUGAUGGAAGAUAAAAAUGUUUUGUCACGGAUAUAAAGUACUAACAUGCAAAUACCACCAUCAUGUUAGAAGUUUUUAUUGAAGUAGGAAAAUAUAUAAAACUUUAAUACUACUCCACAAUGCUUCAGACCUUGGUCAAUUAAAAAAUCAGCUUGUCUGUUUUGGUCUUUGUCCUUUUUUUAAAUGAACAGAGUAACAUCUUAAAUUUGAUUUAGUACCUGUUGAUUCCUAUUGUAAACUUUAAAUUUCAUUAGGGCUAAAAAUGUCCUCAUUCUAAUGGGGAGCAAAUGUUAAUCAGGCCUGAAGUAGUUUGUUAGGAGUUGUAGGUGUUAAUUGCAUAACAUGGGGUUAAUUUUCACUAUUUGAAAUUGUCAGCAAAGUGAAAUUUUAGCAAAAUUGUGUCUAAAGUGCUAAUAUGCUGAGAACUUGAAGUAGCUGAAGGGUCUUUGUUCCCUCCCACAAUGGAGGUUAAAAGUAUGGGCAUACUGACUGUUUUGUACAUUCUUCAUUUAAGUAAAACCAGUCACCCGAAGUUUUUUUCCAGUCAGUUUUGCUUAAGUAUUUUUGUACACCUCUAAGACCUGUGAAUAAAGAGUAAACUUCAGUUUGCUUUCUUUCCCAUUAUAUUUAAUGUGCUUCUUGCUGUGAAGGCAUUGCUUUGCCAGUUGUUUUAAGACUGAUCAUCAAUUAAGUUGUUGUGCAUCAUGUGGUCUUUCAUUUGUGGGUUUUUAAGAGGAGAUGGGAUUCUGUGAACAUGUCUUUUUGACUUGCUGAAUGUGGAAUGAAACUUGAUGUCAUUAAAUUUAAAAAUAAAAUUUUUUAUUAAAU